GUCUAGAGCCUCAACAAUAAUAACUAACUACCAUACUACCAAUUUCCCAAUUCUCGCUGCACCGACGCUUGUCUCUCCUGUCUGCGUCUGCGCCUGUUCUCCCCAUAGACUGCAAAGUGUCCGUGACCGCAAGCCGUGGAGACUCCAGGGAUCCCUAUUCAGGACGUUCAUUGAACCCGGUGGAUGUUCGUGCCAGCUUGCUGCUCCUGAAGCUGGCGUAAGCGUUUCUUUCUGUCGCACCCUUCUUUCCCCCGGGAUGCUCCGACUCUACGCCUGAUUCUUUUUUUGUUCCAGAGCUCCGGAUCGUCCAGAGCAUGAGAGAUGUCAAGGUCAGCGACUCCCGCACUGCCUCUGCACAAUGCGCACAUCUCCAUCGACCGGCCAGCGGCAACCGCGUCGCCGUCCUCGCGACCUAAUGCUCCAUCGUCAUCUACGGCCGCAUAUUCCCUAUUAGAUCCUCAGCAGGUUGCGGAGCGACUCAACACCUCCCUGGUUCACGGCCUCACACCCGCAGAGGCUGAAAUACGACUCCUACGAGAUGGACCCAAUGAGUUGCCCCACGAAGAACCGGAGCCGCUAUGGCUGCGCUUCCUGAAGCAAUUCAAGGAGACCUUGAUCCUCCUCCUCCUGGCCUCCGCAGGUUUGUCCUUCUUCAUGGGCAACUACGAUGAUGCCGUCAGUAUCACUCUCGCCGUGACGAUCGUGGUGACGGUAGGAUUCGUGCAGGAAUACAGAUCGGAGCAAUCCCUUGAGGCCUUGAGUCGACUUGUCCCUCAUUAUGCCCACUUGAUUCGCAACGUGCCCACCGGAGGUACCCGUACUCCCCUGACCACGAGCGGCGGGAGUGAAUAUGAACUUCACGACCUACGGACCAACACCCCUAGCCCAGCGUCAGCCGCCGCGAAGGCAUCCACCACCGUUGCGGCAGCACAGUUGGUUCCAGGAGAUUUGGUCUUGUUUUCGACGGGAGAUCGCAUUCCUGCUGAUAUUCGUAUUACCGCUGCCACGGACCUGAGCAUUGACGAGUCGAAUCUGACCGGAGAGAAUGAACCGGUUGCCAAAUACGCCGAUGCGCUGGGGACUGCUGCCGCGGCUGCACCAGAGACACCAAAGAUUAUCACCCCCCCUCGUUCUCCGUUUUUCGACGCACCAGCUGCUGGCACAGUGGGGGCAGAUGUCCGCUUGAAUGAACAACAUAAUAUCGCUUUCAUGGGUACGCUAGUGAGAUCGGGUUACGGUCAGGGAAUUGUCAUCGCAACUGGACCCAACACUGAGUUCGGUAGCAUAUCAGCUUCGUUGCAGGAGAUUGAGAGCCCCAGAACGCCAUUGCAGCUAUCCAUGGACCGCUUAGGUCAGGAGCUGAGCUACAUGUCGUUUGGUGUCAUCGGCCUUAUCGUUCUAAUUGGCGUGUUGCAAGGAAGGAAGCUCCUCGAGAUGUUUACGAUAGGUGUCUCGCUGGCAGUGGCUGCGAUUCCGGAAGGUCUCCCUAUCAUUGUGACAGUCACCCUUGCCCUUGGCGUCCUCCGCAUGGCCAAGCGAGGAGCGAUCAUGCGAAGGCUUCCAAGUGUGGAGACCCUGGGAUCGGUCAAUGUCGUGUGUAGCGACAAGACGGGGACGUUGACAAUGAACCAUAUGACAGUCACCAAGAUGUGGCAUUUCGAUUGUCCUGAACCCUUCGAAGUCCACAAAGACAUUACGUCGUUGACCCCUGGACCUGCGGCGCGGACUGUACUCAGAGUGGGAAACAUUGCUAACAAUGCUCGACUGUCGCGCGUGCAUGCAAACUCGCCCGCAAGCGCUUCGUCGGCUGCAGUGCUGUCCUCGACUGCCGAUAGCUCGUCAGGCGCAGUGAAGAGCAGGUGGGUAGGCCAACCGACCGACGUUGCCAUUCUUGACCUGCUGGACGCCUUUGGAGAGGAUGAUGUGCGAGAACGGAUCAGUGCCCGUGUCUCGGAAACGCCUUUCAGCUCGGAGCGGAAAUGGAUGGGAGUGAUCAUUGGAAGUGGCAUGUCUGGGGACCCUUCGGGGGGAAACAGCGGCACCGAGGUCGCUUAUAUCAAGGGUGCUCUGGAGCAAGUGCUCGCCCGAUGUGAUACCUAUCUGAUGAAAGACGGCCGCGAGGUGAUCUUGGACGAACCAAGACGACAGGUUAUCAGACGUGCAGCAGAGCAGAUGGCGGCAGAAGGACUGAGGGUUCUCGCCUUUGCCAGCGGACCAGCGCCAAAGGGUAGACGAUUCGGCAGCCGAAGUGCAACCCCAAGCCCCAAACCGGGUCAGGUUCAGGAGGAUGAAAGGUACACCGGUCUGGUGUUUUCAGGACUCGUGGGCAUGAAUGAUCCGCCGCGAAAGGACGUGUACAAGUCGAUCCGGCGACUCAUGUCGGGAGGCGUCCGAGUUAUCAUGAUCACAGGUGAUGCGGAGACGACUGCGGUGGCCAUUGCGAAGAAGCUUGGAAUGCCAGUUAACGACGCUCCCGGAUCGAGAUCGGUCCUCAGGGGAGACGAAAUAGAUCGCAUGACCACAGAGGAGCUUUCACAGGCAAUGGCAACAGCCACAGUCUUCGCGCGUACGAGUCCUGACCAUAAGAUGAAGAUCAUUCGAGCUCUCCAGUCGCGCGGCGAUGUUGUUGCUAUGACUGGAGACGGCGUGAACGAUGCGCCUGCACUGAAGAAGGCAGACAUCGGUAUCGCGAUGGGCAAGUUGGGAACAGACGUUGCCAAGGAGGCGGCUGACAUGAUCCUGACCGACGAUGAUUUCUCGACUAUCUUGCGCGCGAUUGAGCAAGGAAAGGGCAUCUUCUACAACAUCCAGAACUUCAUCACCUUCCAGCUUAGCACAAGCGUUGCUGCGCUGACCCUUGUUCUUCUGAGCACGACCCUUGGCUUCAAGAACCCGCUGAAUGCGAUGCAAAUCUUGUGGAUCAAUAUUCUUAUGGACGGCCCACCAGCCCAGUCUUUGGGGGUUGAACCCGUCGACCCGGCGGUCAUGUCGCGUCCGCCCCGGCCGAAGCAUGCCCGAGUUCUCACAAAACCGCUCAUCCAGCGUGUGCUCAUGUCUGCCUUUAUGAUUAUGCUCGGUACGCUCGCCAUCUACGUCUACGAGAUGGGCGAUGCGGACGACGAGCUCAACCCGGGCAAGCGCUCUCGCGUUGUUACGGCCCACGAUACGACCAUGACCUUCACAUGUUUCGUGCUCUUCGACAUGUUCAACGCGCUCACUUGUCGAAGCGAAGGCAAGUCUGUCCUUCGCGGCGAACUGCCGCUCUUCGGCAAUAAAAUGUUCAACUACGCGGUGCUUGGCUCCCUAGCCGGCCAAGCGUGCGUCAUCUACCUGCCGUUCCUGCAGCGCAUCUUCCAGACGGAGCCUUUGAGUUUCGGCCAUCUAUUCAGGCUGUUGGUUGUCUCUAGUUCUGUAUUCUGGGUCGACGAGGGUAGAAAAUAUCUGAAUUCGCUGAAGCGACGAAAAGCCGUCGGUGCGGGAUAUAGCGUGAAUGUCUGAUUAUGAAUCCAUAGAGAGAUGUAUUUAGUUUUCCUUUUCUUUCCUUUCGUUUCCUUUCUGGGUUAACCUGGGGCCGAAGCUGCCGGGUAGGCUGGAAAAAAAGCCACGGACAUAAGGAUGAGCGGUAUUUUGCUCUUUCUUCCUUUUUUUUGGUUUAUCUGAAACUCGCUGCAAUGAAUAUAAAAUCUUUUUUUUUUUUUUGGUUGUUUUCGACAUCCCCUUCCAAUACCGUGUCCAUGUCAUAGCUACUAUACUAUACUAUACAUACUAUACG